AUUUUUACUGCUACCAAUAAAAAAAAAUAAAAAAAGAGAACAACUUGAGGUUUUCCUAUAGAUUGCGGCACUAUUGAGUUGAUGACUCACUGUGUACUGUGAAAGUCUUUUUGAAAUAUGAUAAAUCAAUUUUUUUGACUGCGAGAAAAUGUGUGUCAUUUUUUGGGAAUUUUUGGUCAAAUGUAUUAAAGCAUUGAGAUGUUUCUUUUUUAUGAUGGGAAUCAUUAAUCAAGAUAAUUUGGAAGAAUUAAUUUCGACAGAUGGGAAAAUAAAAAAGGCUAUAACGAACUUUUUUGCUGAAUAUUAUAAAAAAGAACAAGAGAAACGUGAAGAGUUUCUUUCUGCUUUAAAUCUGAAAAAUAGUGGAUCUCAAUCUCUUAUAGAAUUUGCAGAUGAAAAUGGAUUUUUGCAAUCGAUGGUCUCUGAUAAUUUAGAAGUUCUUCCCAAAAAUAUAAGUAGAGAGAGAGCUCAUUCUUCUCUUUACAUGUCAAAUACACUUCCACAAUCUGAGAAAGAGAAUAUAUCGCACAAUUUAGAAUUUAAGAACAUAGUAGAUCCUGUUCUUCCUUUACCAAAUUCAUCAGUCGAAGAUCUUUCUUUUGAACCUAACCCCAAGAGAAAACGAAUUUCUUCUCAGGAGACUGAAGAAUCUGCUGAGAUUAUUGCAGAUGAUACUAGAGUCUAUCGUGAAAAUGAGAUUACUGAGACUUUGGAAAAAAGCAUUAAAGGACGUGCAGUUAUAGAAUACUAUAAACUGUAUGAUUUCGAUAAUCCAAUUAUAAUUCUUUUAGCUGAAGUCAUUGUUGAGGAUGAAUAUAAAUCGAACACAAAUACAGUAAUUUCAUGCGUCCGAUUUUCAGAGCUUGCUAAGCUUAUUGCAGAUGCUUUUCCUGGUGAAAUUUCUCAAACGUAUUAUAUUAGCUCUAGUAGCAGAGGCAAAGGAAAAUCUGCAUCGGGAAAACUAUAUGAUCAAUAUGCGAAUUUCAACAGAAUUUUACGUAAAGUUAAAUUAAGAGAAAUUCGACCAGGAAAACGAGACACAGUGUUCGAGCUUUCUAACGCCCAAGGAGAUUAUCCCAUUAUUCCUGAGGACACAAUAAGUGAAACUGAAAUUCAAAAAGAUUUGCUAUUCUUAAAGACUUAUACUCAGCCUUGGGGAAUUGUCAAAGAAAAAUGGUCAAAUACAUGUGCGUACCGCAUGAAUGACUUGCGCAAUUGUUCUAAUGAGGAUCUACACAAAAAGUGCUCUGAAUAUUUGUCUUUAUAUCCUGCAAUAAGUCAAGUCCACGGUCACUUGUUGUUGGAGAGUGAUUUCGAUGCUUUGUAUAAAAAUGCCUCCAACAGAGUUCUUGAAAGAUGGUCAGACUUUUCAAAAAAGUUAAAAAGCGAAUUAUCCAACCAAAAGUCAAAUUUGGAGCAUCGGACAUUGAACUGCUCGCCGCAUUUACGAAAUUAUUCCUAAUCAUUUCUGUCAGAGUGAAGAAUCAAAAACCAUGGCGAGCUUCUCGAGCUGAAAUACAGGAAGGAUUCUUUGUUCAUAUAAAGAUGAUUGAUGACUUUGAAAAGGUGGUUCAAGGAAUGAGAAACACUGCACUACAACGAGGAACAACGCUUCAGCCAUUUCCACUAUUGUUGGACCAACUUUAAGUAAAAUUAAUUCCAGCUAUUUAGUAAUCGACGGUAC